AUCAACAUGCCCUCUUUCCUGUUGCUGGAGGCCAUCCUCAUUUUCCUGUUUGCCAGGGUGCCCCCAUCUGUCCCUCUUCAGGAAGUCCACGUAAGCAGGGAGACCAUUGGGAAGAUUUCAGCUGCCAGCAAAAUGAUGUGGUGCUCGGCUGCAGUGGACAUCCUGUUCUUGAUGGAUGGCUCUCACAGUGUCGGGAAAGGGAGCUUUGAAAGGUCCAAGCACUUUGCCAUCAUGGUCUGUGACGCUCUGGACAUCAACCUUGAGAGGGUCAGAGUGGGAGCCUUCCAGUUCAGUUCCGCCCCUCGUCUGGAAUUCCCCUUGGAUUCAUUUUCAACCCAACAGGAAGUGAAGGCAAAAAUCAAGAAGAUGGUUUUCAAAGGAGGGCGCACAGAGACAGGCCUUGCUCUGAAAUACCUUCUGCGCAAAGGGUUCCCUGGGGGCAGAAAUGCCUCUGUGCCCCAGAUCCUCAUCAUCGUCACUGACGGGAGGUCCCAAGGGCAUGUAGCACUGCCAGCCAAGCAGCUGAAGGAAAGAGGCAUCACUCUGUUUGCCGUGGGGGUCCGCUUUCCGAGGUGGGAGGAGCUGCACACACUGGCCAGCGAGCCGAGGGAGCAGCACGUGCUGAUGGCCCAGCAGGUGGAGGAUGCCGCCAACGGCCUCUUCAGCACCCUCAGCAGCUCCGCCAUCUGCACCAUUGCCUCUCCAGACUGCAAGGUCCAGCCUCACCCCUGUGAGCGCAAGACUCUGGAGACCGUCAGGGAGCUGGUCGGCAACGCCCUGUGCUGGAGAGGAUCUCGGGGGACCGAUGCCGUGCUGGCCGCGCUCUGUCCCUUCUCCAGCUGGAAGAGAGUGUUCUUAACCCACCCUGCCACCUGCUACAGGACCACCUGCCCAGGCCCUUGUGACUCACAACCCUGCCAGAAUGGAGGCACGUGUGUUCCAGAAGGGCUGGACAGGUACUACUGCCUCUGCCUGCCGGCCUUCAGAGGGGAGGCUAACUGCGCCCCGAAGCUGAGCCUGGAAUGCAGAAUCAACGUCCUCUUCCUACUGGCCAGCUCGGCGGGCACCACCCUGGAGGGCUUCCUGCGGGCCAAGGCCUUCGUGAAGCGGUUUGUGCAGGCCUCGCUGAGCGAGGACUCCCGGGCCCGCGUGGGUGUGGCCUGGUACAGCAGGGAGCUGGUGGUGGCGGUGCCCGUGGGUGAGUACCAGGACAUGCCAGACCUGGUCAGGAGCCUCGAUGGCAUUCCCUUCAGUGGUGGCGCCACCCUGACAGGCAGUGCCUUGCGGCAGGCUGCAGAGCGCGGCUUUGGGAGCAUCACCAGGACGGGCCAGGACCAUCCACGUAGAGUGGUGGUCCUGCUCACUGAGUCACGCUCCCAGGACAAGGUCGCUGGCCCAGCGCGUCAUGCGAGGGCCAGAGAGCUGCUUCUGCUGGGCGUGGGCAGCGAGGCCGUGCGGGCAGAGCUGGAGGAGAUCACGGGCAGCCCGAAGCAUGUCAUGGUCUACACCGACCCACAGGACCUGUUCAACCAAAUCCCCGAGCUGCAGGGGAAGCUGUGUAGCCGGCCGCAGCCAGGGUGCCAGGCACAGUCGCUGGACCUGGUUUUCAUGUUGGAUGCCUCGGCCUCAGUGGGGCCCGAGAACUUCGCCCAGAUGCAGAGCUUCGUGAGAAGCUGCGCCCUCCAGUUUGACGUGAACCCCGAUGUGACGCAGAUCAGCCUGGUGGUGUACGGCAGCCAGGUGCAGACAGCCUUCGGGCUGGACACCCACCUCACCCGUGCCGCGGUGCUGCGGGCCAUGAGCCAGGCCCCUUACCUGGGCGGGGAGGGCUCAGCAGGCACCGCCUUGCUACACAUCUAUGACAAGGUGAUGACUGUCCAGAGGGGCGCCCGGCCUGGGGUCCCCAAGGCUGUGGUGGUGCUCACAGGCGGGAGGGGGGCAGAGGACGCGGCCGUCCCUGCCCAGAAGCUGAGGAACAAUGGCGUCUCUGUCCUGGUGGUGGGUGUGGGGCCUGUCCUGAGGGAGGCACUGCGGAGGCUUGCAGGUCCCCGGGACUCCCUCAUCCACGUGGCGGCCUACACAGACCUGAGGUACCACCAGGAUGCGCUCAUCCAGUGGAUAUGUGGAGAAGCCAAGCAGCCAGUCAACCUCUGCAAACCCAGCCCAUGCAUGAACAAGGGCACCUGCGUCCUGCAGAAGGGGAGCUACCGCUGCGAGUGCCGAGGUGGCUGGGGGGGCCCCCACUGUGAGAACCGUAAGUGGGGCUCUUGCUCUGCACGUGUGAGCUGGGGGUGGUAUUCUGAGUCCUUCCACGACCCAGGAACUCAGCAGAAGGCAGGUCCUGUGGCAUUUGCUCAGUGGAAGGAAUCAUGGAUCCAUUUGUUCGUUCAUGCACCCAACAUUUAGUGGGGGCCUCCUACAUCCCAGGUGUCGUUCUAAGUGUGGAGAAUAUAGCAGUAAACAAAACAAUAAGAAUCUCUGCCCUCAUGGAGCUUCCAUGCUAGACGGGGAGACAGUAAAUAAGUACAAUAUGUAGUAUAGUAGAUGGUGCUAAGCACACGCUGAAAAAUAAUGGCGACUAGGAGGAAGGUCUCCUAGGAAGGCCUCAGUUAGGAGCACAGUGGAUCCAGAGUAACUGGACGAAGACAGAGGAGGCAGGCACAAAUGCAGGUAGGUGGGUAGAUGUGGGUGAAGCUGGUGGGAGUUCUUUUUUGAGUGUGUCUAUUUGCUCAGUGAAAUGGGAGGAAUGGUCAUCAGCUGAGUGAGAAUGGGGAGGAGGUGCUGGGGGUUUGAGGAGAGAAGUAACUGUCUAGGAGAGAAAGGGAAUAGACUAAGGACAUAGGGAAUGAUUGUUGGGCAGCAUUAUGGGCCCACCUGUGGCUCCUGUUCAUGAAUUUAAAGUUAGAAUAGCCAGCAACCAGGAGAUGACUCCCGUUGGAGGCUUGGAUUUUCAGCUACCGGCAGAGGUUGGCUUCCUAAGGCUGGUGAGUGGAUCUGAAGGGCAAUCAGAUAGGGCCUCUGAUCCGACAUCUUCUGCUUGGGUUGUGGAGUGACAGCAAGACAUGCAGGGGCCCACAAGGCUGCUGGUUGGUUGAGAAGAGGACGCAGACACUCCUCAUGUCCUCAAAAUUCACUUCUUUCCCAGGGGCCUCGAGAGGAGAUGCCCCCAAGGCACGCGGCUUCCACCAAGAGCCUGCAGGAAGGCAGCAGCCAGAGCCCUCCC